AUGGCUACUAUGUUUACAUCAUGGAGUCCAGACAAGAAACAUACCGACGUUGAAAGAUGGAUCUGCGUUUAUCCAGCUUAUUUAAAUAGUAAAAAGACACUUGCCCAAGGUCGCAGGCUUUCAAAAGACAUAUGUGUAGAAAACCCUACUCAUCAAGAAAUAAGAGAUGUUCUAAUUGGAACUGGUUUGCGUAUUGGAGUUGAAAAUAAGCUGUAUCCACGUGAACGUAGUAAAGAAAUGUUACAUAGAGGUCGCAUUCGUGUUGAGAUAAAAAAUGAUGAUGGCACACCGAUCAAACCUGAAUAUGCUACUAGAGAAUCUGUUAUGAAAUACAUUGCAGAGUCUAUACCGAAAUUAAAAACUCGUCAAAAUAGACCUGCAGACCAACAGCCUCAAGCUGUUCAACAAGGCAGCAAUAAGAGUAAAGGAAAGAAAGGAAGGCGC